UAAAGAAAAAGUUUCCCUAAUCAGGUCACCUUUGAUUCAUCAAUGGCGGUCUCUACACCAUCCGCAGUCUCUUACCUUACAAGAAUCGAGCACACCAAUCUGUUUCCUUCCAAAAAACUCCAAUUUAACCCCUUUUCUCCCGCCAAAAAGCCAUUAACAGUCGUCUCCAUGGCUCCCAAAAAGAAGGUAAACAAAUACGACUCAGAAUGGGAAAAACAAUGGUUCGGAGCUGGGAUUUUUUACGAAGGAAGUGAAGAAAUUGAAGUGGAUGUGUUCAAGAAACUUGAGAAGAGAAAAGUUCUAAGCAACGUUGAAAAAGCUGGGCUUUUAUCGAAGGCUGAGGAGCUUGGUUUCACCCUUUCAUCGAUAGAGAAACUCGGUGUUUUCUCUAAAGCAGAGGAGCUUGGGUUGCUCAGCUUGUUGGAGAAGGUGGCCGGUGUAUCGCCUUCGACGUUGGCUUCUGCUGCACUCCCGGCUUUAGUGGCGGCGUUGGCAGCGAUUGUGAUCAUACCUGAUGAUUCGGUGGGGUUAGUGGCGCUGCAAGCGGUGGUUGCUGGAGCCCUUGUCGUCGGUGCUGCUGGUUUGUUUGUGGGGUCGGUUGUAUUGGGUGGUUUACAAGAAGCUGAUUAAUGUUCAUAUUUGUCCUUUUUUUUUUUGUAAUUUUAUUUACUAAGCUGAUUAAGAGUUUCCAUACCUUAACUUACAUCCUACCUUGAUGAAAUAUAUUUGAAGGUUUAUGUCCA